CCCUACAGUUGCCGGCUUCUCCCCUCCGCCGCCACUCGAGUCUGCCCGGGCCGAAGCACCCCUCGGCAACGCGUGACGUUCAGGCUCAGCGGAGCGGCGAUUGGUCCACGCCCCGCCGCGUGCGCCCCCCGCUCCGCCCAGGCCAGCCUUCCGCGCGUCCUCGCCGCCCUGCCCCUGUGACCUUCGCGUUGGAGGCCCCACGUCGCCGGCCCCGCGGGGCCUCGCCGGAUUAAAGGGGCAGUGACGCCGCCGGGCGCGGAACUCGCCUCCCCACUCCCUCCGCGUGCCGAGCGCCGGGGCGGGGCGGGGGCUGGGACGGGCCCCGCGGUGGGAAGGCUCCCAGCCAUCUGCCCAGCAACUCCCGGCGCGCCUACUAGGGCGCCCCGAUAGGCUGCGGGGGCCCACGGAGGCGACCUGUUCAGGUGCCACGUUCCUCAUUCCGUGAACAGUCGUUCCAAGUCCCAUUAAGUACCAAGCACCGAGGCUGAAGGCGAAGCCGGCCUCCCUGCUUUACUCGGGAGCCCCGGGUGCGCCGCCGCGCGGGCCACGCUGCUUGAACCACGUGGGGAAGGCGGGGUGUGCGGCCAGGGCCUCCGCGGGGCAGAGGUCCGCCUUGUAAGGGCCUCUCCAGAGAAAGGCAGUCCAAGAAGACUAGGCCCUCAAUUCGAGUCAGCUGCAGUUCUCAAACUUUUCCUCCCCGAGGAAACUGUUUUCCCAGGCAGGAGGGUGACACCCUGAGUUCUCUGUUCAAGGUCACACAAUUAGUAAUGGAAGAACAGGAGUUAGGACAUGUGCCUCUCUGGUUCCUUUAAACAAUUUGUAUUCCCAACUCCAUAGUAUUUAGGGUUAUGGAGAAUAGGAUAACUAUAGAAAAAAGCUGGCUCCUCCAGAAACCUAACAUUUGUGAGAACUGAAUCCUAGCCACAGACUGAAGAAAAAUUUUAUUAGGACGAACUGCUUUUUCCGAAAGCAAAAGAAAGGAGAUACAAAAAGAGAAAGGGAGGCUGACCUUAACGGUCAUGGUCAUCGUCAUUGAUGCUUUUAUUAGGCAACGGAAAGGCACAAUUUUUCAAAGGGAAAAUAGCAAGGGGCUACAAGAAAGAACUGAGUUUUAUAGGGUUUAGCAGAGCUGGGUCAUCACUGGUGGACUCCUUUAGGGUGGGGCAGGAAGGCUGUAGGGGAACAGUUGUAGAUAAGGGAAGUUCCCUGAGGGCCAUCAUUCUCCUUUCUCUCUGGUGUCUGUUUUCCAUAUCCUUCAAUCUUAUAGAAGAUUAUAUUGCCUAGUGGUGUUGUAGAUGUCUUAGUUUGUGUGUAAUUCACCCGGAUACUCACAACAAAAUGGCCCAAGAACAUAUUUCUCAGGACUUACUCCUGUCAGGAAGCCAUCUCUUCAUUUUUAAAAAAGCAUUGAAUGCCAGAUGUGUACACCUUGAUAGACCCGUGAGUAUGUUGAAGACCUAACAGUCUUUCUGAUCCUAGUUCUGGGAUGCCUUGGCCACUCUGGGCCCAUGGCAGAGGGACAGGAUAAACUACAGUGUAUACUCUCUCAGACCUGCCUACAUACCCACCUUCUUCGCACUUCCAAGUUGUCAACAAAAUCUUUGUAAAACCAGAACUUCUGAAAGAAUGUCUUUGGCUCAUUAUCAGACAAUAGGUACUUGGGUGGAAUGGAGCUGUCAUUCUUCUUUCCACCAGCUCUUAAGCAUAUCUCCAAGUGGAAGGAAUGUCUUAUCUGGAAGCCUUGGGCCUUGCUGCUGUUGGAGGAGAAAAAAGGAAGGCGGAGGGCCAUUCUGUUGCCUGAAUUCCACUCGCCAUCCUCACCUCCCAGAAUAGGGCUGGAAUCUUUCCAAGGUAGAUGGGAAUCACUGCCCUGUUACUUUGGCUAAUUCAAAAUAGAGCUGAGUGGUGGGGUUGGAGAAUAAGAGGGUCACCUUUUCUAUGGCUAGUUACUGAGAAGAGGCCUGAAUGAAGUAGGCAAGGAUUUUCUCAGUGGCAGGAACUGCACUUCCUGGAAGGGCCCCAAAUCAGGCUCCUCAGGCUGAAAUAAGCCUUUGCACUACAACCACCCAGAGUAAGGAGUGGAUGAUUUACUUCUGAUUUCCAGGUAGUUUAGGGAUGUCACAGAAACCUGGAAAUGGCAUCUCUCAGCUUCCUAAGGGAGUUAGAUCCAGCAGAAGGCACCUCUCCUGGAUGCAGCUCCCCCUUUCUGACUUCCCACACACCAGGUCCUGUCCCCUUUUGAACACUGUUCCAUUUCCUAGACCAGGGUUCUAAGGUAAAUGCUGUGCACAUAGACCGAACCCCAGGGCCAGCAUCCUACCCCCUACUCACCUGUCCACCAUGCUUCCCACUGAACCACACAGUCAGGUAUGUUGCCACUGCUCAGUGAGCAGUUACAGGUCAGCUGGGCCCUCUAAGAUCCUGUGGGGGCUGCUUCAGGGAAAGUGACAGACCUCUCUUGUCUUCAGACCUACGUGCGUCUUCUGGAUGACUCUGGGACAGGCCCAUAAGGGAACCCCAGAGCAGAGGAGGGUAAUGGAUAACGACUACCUCAAAGACUACUGGCAGGAUGAAAAGGGGUCACAUCCACAAAUAUGUAGCGGUGGGAGAAUGUUUUGAGUGGUCACAACCCCAAGGCCCAACCAGUUCUACAUGAGCAUUACAGACAUCGACUUCCCAAAAGAGCAGGUGGAUUUCUCUGGAGUGGGUGGCCAGUUGCUAGAGCCUUGGAAAAGGCUCCUGCGUGGUUUUGGUGGCAUGAAGUCAGGUGGACACAACCUUCCAAUCAGAGCACUCCAGAGACCUUGAGAUGGGCUACUUUUGGUUUCUGCCCCAUGCACAGGUCCCUUUGUUUUUGUGAUGAGCACCAGCAUGGGGUGAGGUUUGGAAGAGAGACCUGAAGGCCCACUCUGGUACCGGAGCACCAAACCUGCAUUCUACAGUGGAACCUCUCAUAUCCCAUGUCAGUGACAAGAGGAAACGGAAAACCAAAACUUACCUUUGGAGCAAGGAGCGUGUUUUCCUGCAGGCCGCCCCUCACGAUGUUGGCGGCUUCAGGCACUGUGGCAGUGGGCAGACCCUACGCAUGCAGCGAAUGUGGAAAGAGCUUCCGCUACAGCACAGUGCUGCUGCGGCAUGAGCGUGCCCAUGGUGGCGACAGCUGUUUCCGCUGCCUAGAGUGUGGCGAGCGCUGCGCACAGGCUGCCGACCUGCGUGCUCAUAGGCGGACCCACGCAGGCCAGACGCUCUACAUUUGCAGCGAGUGUGGCCAGAGCUUCCGCCACAGCGGCCGACUCGACCUGCACCUGGGUGCCCACCGUAAGCGCAGCCGCGCCUACCCAUGCCGCCUGUGCGGUGGCCGCUUCCCUCACCUACCUGCGCUGUUGCUGCAUCGCAGCCGCAGACACCCGCCCGAACAGCCUUGUCGCUGCCCACUGUGUGCACGUGCUUUCCGGCAGAGCGCGCUGCGUUUCCACCAGGCGCGGGCGCACCCAACUGGCAAUCCGGCUGUCCCCACCCCUGGCGCGCCCCACCGCUGUACACAGUGCCCUCGGGCCUUCCGCAGCAGUGCAGGGCUGCGCAGUCAUGCACGCGUCCACACUGUCUCCAGCCCUGGAGCCCACAUGCCCCCACAACCCCGUCCCACGGACGUGCACCAGUGCACUGUAUGCGGCAAGACUUUCGGCAAGAGUUCCACGCUAACGCGCCACCUCCAGACGCACUCAGGUGAGAAGCCUUUCAAGUGCCCAGAGUGUGGCAAGGGCUUCCUGGAGAGCGCCACGUUAGUGCGCCACCAGCGUACACACACGGGCGAGAAGCCCUAUGCUUGCAGUGACUGUGGACGCUGCUUCAGCGAGAGUUCCACGCUCCUACGCCACCGGCGCAGCCACCGUGGCGAGCGGCCACACGCGUGCACCACUUGUGGUAAGGGCUUUGGGCAGCGAUAUGACCUGGUGGUACAUCAGCGCAUCCACACCGGGGAGAGGCCCUUCCCAUGUCCCGAGUGUGGCCGCGGCUUCAGCGACCGUUCAGAUCUCACCAAACACCGCCGUACGCACACUGGGGAAAAGCCAUAUGGCUGUGAGCUGUGUGGCAAGCGAUUCACGUGCGUGUCCAAUCUCAACGUGCACCUGCGCAAUCACGCAGGCCAUAAGCCACACACGUGCCCUGAGUGUGGCAAGGCCUUCAGCGUCGCCUCCAAGCUUGCGCUGCACCGAAAGACACACCUGGGCGAGCGGCCAGCGAAAUGUGCUGAGUGUGGCAAAUGCUUUAGCCACAGCCGGUCACUGUCACAGCAUCAGCGGGCCCAUACACGUGCCCGUGCUGCUGUCCAUGAGGCUGCAGGAGGCAGGGACCUGGUCCUUAUGGGGCCAACUGGACAGGAAAAGUCAGGGGUCUUAUGUCCCCGCUGAGGGUGACUUGCUGGGAGGUUUCUUAAAGGGGCCUGGGCUGGCACCCCUACAGUGCCAAGGGACAAAGGAGGACUCACAGGUUUGGCCUUUUGCACUUCUGUUGGUGGCCCUUUGUUUACCAGGAUUGCCUUACCUCUGCACUGACUUCCCCAGAGGCUCUUUCUCCAUCCUCAGUCCUUGAAUCUCUCAACCUCUCUCCAGGUAUAGGGGAGGGCAUCAGGACAGCCCUCACCCAGUAUGCAAGGGGUCCCAGAGUUGUGUCCUAUUGCUGGCCUGUGUUCUGGUAUUUUUCCUGUUUUCUUUCCUGUGUGCUGUCUUCUCCCCUCUCCUUAUGCCAGUGUGCAUUUCCUUGGCCUCUUUCCCCAAUACUUUUGCUGCUGUGCCUCUCUAGGUAAAGUCACAGAUUUGGCUAGUUGCAUCUUGCCAGCUCUGUGGUCUUCUUGCCAGGUAGUUGUACCUGUUAAACUGCUUUCUCCCUCUGCCUGAAAGAUGGAGAUGGGAGCCCAGUUCAUUGAACAGCAUCUCCAUGCCAGGAGCUGCUUGCUCAUUGGGAAUGGUAGCCCACCCAGAUGAGACCAGGCAGGACCCUCAGCAUGACUACCGUCUGUCCCCUGAGCAAAUUCGGGUUCCUAUUAGGACAAUAUUUUCCGACCAGGUGGGGGACAUUUUGCCCUGGCAUGUGGGACAAGACUAUGUGGGUUCACAAAGCCAAGUACUGCCAAGUGGAGUAUCAGAAUAUUAUUUCCAAAUCAAAUUUGGAACCAUGGGGAAACAGGUUCACAGACAGGUGGAAGCAGGACGGAGACUCCUGGAAUUGUGACUUUUUGCUACGGCUGGUGAAAUAAAAGAGUUGUUUGGGUU